AUUAUGUAUAAAUAUUUCCAUCGCGAACUUUGUAAUCCUUAUCUUAUCGAGUGCUCAAUGUUUAAUAUUCUUCAGUAUAUAUUUGAAUUCUCUCGGGAACGCAUGAAAAGUGUUUUAUAAUCAUCUUACGUUAUAUUGAAAAAGAAAUAUAUACAUAUAUUGAGAAAUUUAUAUAAAAUAUAUUUUUUGUGUCGUUAUUACCUAUAUAAACGUAAUUGCAUAUAAAUAAAUAUAUAUAUAUAUAUAUAUAUAUACAUAUACAUAUAUAUAUAUAUAUACAUAUACAUAUAUAUAUAUAUAUAUAUAUAUAUAUAUAUAUUCGAAUCAUGAGUAACAGUGAUUUAUGGUUGAGAGACACUGCGACAUUCUAUGGGAAAAUAAUCAUAAUCAUUUUUAUAUUAAUAUUAAUGAUCGUUCGAAAUUGGAUGAAAUUAUGCGAGAUCGUUUACGAAUCAUAUCUCGUUGGUUUCGAAUUGGAAUUUGCCGAGCUUGCGUUCCCUUACAAAAAGGAAUUAUUUAAAAUACUUGAAACAAUAGUAUCGAACGACGAAUUAUUAAAAUCUAUGGGAUGCAUUAGAUUGCUCGAAAUAGGCGUUAAAACAGGCGAUAAUAUUCAAUUUUAUCCAAACAAUACUCACUUUAUCGGUGUUGAUUGGAACGUAAGGUUAGCCGAAUAUCUUAACGAUAAAAAUCGUACCUUGGAAUUUGGGCAUAUUAACGUCGAACGUCUUAUAAUUGGCGAUGGUAGUAAUUUAAAACAAAUAAAAAGUGGAACGGUCGAUGUAGUCGUAUCGAUUAGAUCUUUCUGUUCGAUAAAAUCACCAUUAAACACGUUCGAUGAAAUCAAAAGGAUACUUGCACCGAAUGGAAAAUAUAUUUUUAUGGAGCAUGUUCCCGAAAAAAAAGGUUAUAUCGUACGUUGGCUUCAAAUAUUGUUAACGCGAUCUGGUUUGUGGCCCUCGUUGUUUGGAAAUUGUCAUUUGAAUUACGACUUUAUGAAAGAAAUCAAAGGCGCAGGUUUCAAAUGCAUUAAAUCAAAAUCGAUUGCGUUAAAUGGACGGCCAGUUUCUCAGAUUUUCCAUUUGAAAUUAACCGGUCGGCAUGUAUUAGGAGUAGCAAUGAGAUAAGUAAGAGACAAAGUCUAUUUUUAC